UUCUCAUAGUCUCCGUUUGCUUUCUCCCAUCUUCUCCUAUUUAUUUUCUCUGAUUAUAUCGGUUGUCUUGGCGAGAAGGAAGAAGACGAUGGCUCAAAGAACCGAGAAGGAAGAGACCGAGUUCAAGGUGCCGGAAACCAUGACGCUCUGCGUCAACAAUUGUGGUGUUUUAGGUAAUCCGGCCACCAACAACAUGUGUCAGAAUUGCUUCAACGCCACCACCACCGCCCUUGCUGCUUCCAGUUCACAAUCGUCGAGAUCUAAUCCGUCGCGUUCGCCGAACAAGCGAUCCGGUUGUUCUCCACCUAAAACGUCAACGUUCUCACGCGCCGUCGCUGUGAAUCCGGCUUCCGUUACGGAGAAGAAGGUGGUGAACCGUUGUUCCGGAUGCAGGAAGCGGGUCGGGUUGACCGGGUUUCGGUGCAGGUGCGGGGAGCUUUUCUGUGCGGAUCAUCGGUAUUCGGAUCGACACGAUUGCAGCUACGAUUACAAGACGGUGGGGCGGGAGUCGAUCGACAGGGAAAAUCCGGUGGUUAAAGCCGCGAAGAUAAUCAAAGUCUGAAGCUUUUAUAUUCUGUAUCGAAAUUUAAAUUAAAUUAAAACAUAUUUCUUCACCAUUUUUCAACCUGGAAAUUUUAGCUUAGCUUUGGGGAUUGAUGCUCGAUCUCAAAGAUCGUUUCAAAAA